AUGAAAUACAAACUCUUCAGCAAAAGCACCAACAUCAGCGUUACUGAUACAGCCAAGGUGGAUGCUGUUCGACCAGAGGAAUGGGGUAAUCAAGGUCAAGAUACCUCCCGAGGCCGAUCUUCUCGAUCCCGAUCUGGGAAUUGCGGUGGAGGGGGGGGAGGGUCUUCGGGUGGUGAUGGAGGUGGUGGAGGCUGCGGGGGAGGAGGAGGAGGAGGUGGUGGUGGUGGUGGUAAUGGAGGUGGAUAG